AUGGAUGCCCGACUGCUUCGCUCUGCCCACGAUGACCUCGGUUACCGUGAUUACGCUAGCUACUCCGCCGGUGCGAGGACCAUCGAAGGGAUGACAUCUAAAACGUAUGAAAUGCCAGACGAACGAGGGCUGUUCGUCAGACUGUUUUCCCGCCCUGCAAAGACCCCGCACUCUGCCUCCACCGCCUUAAAGCGCGGCACUCAGCCCGGACAUUGUUGGCCUAUGGCUGGUUCGUCCGGGUUUAUCGGGAUACAACUUGCGGAACCCGUCCUGAUCAAGAAUGUUACUGUCGACCAUGCACCGUCCUCGCUCACGCCUGCGCGCGAAGGCGACACGGCACCACGGUCAAUCGUCGUCUGGGCCUUGAUACCUAUGUCUUCCGCAGUCACCACUGAGCCGCCGAAAAUUCAAUCGAUCAACGUUCCGGUGCCUGAGGGCUUUCGUAUCGUGGCUAUUGCUCAGCUGGAGUAUGACGUUUUCAAGCCGCAACAUAUCCAAACGUUCCCCGUUGACGCCGGCAUGCAAGGCGUCAAGGUUGAUCAGGUGGUGUUUCAAGUCCUGUCGAAUUGGGGUUCAGUCGAUUUCACUUGCUUGUAUCGACUGAGAGUUCAUGGCGAAUCUCCGUAG